AUGAGCUGUAGCGGGAUUAUGUGCGGUGGGUGCUCCGCCACCAAGCCCGCCACGGCUGAGACCCAGGCCAUCGCCGACCAGGUGAAGUCCCAGCUGGAGGAGAAAGAAAACAAGAAGUACACCAUGUUUAAGGCUGUGGAGUACCAGAGCCAGCUGGUCGCGGGGACUAACUACUUCAUCAAGGUUCAAGUUGAAGAUGAUGACUUCAUCCACAUCCGAGUGUAUGAAAGUCUCCCACACGAAAAUAAGCCCUUGGCCUUGCACAGCUAUCAGACCAACAAGACCAGUCACGACAAGCUGACCUAUUUCUAGUUCUGGAUUUUGAA